UGCGCGCAGAUGAAUUACCCUCGUGUGCUUUGGGUUUGAAAGGGAUAACCGGUCUUGCAAAACCUCCAAUAAAUACGUUUUAUUCUUUUCUUUGUUUUUCAAAUAAUGGACCUGAAUACGAUUCGUCUAGCAACCGAGUAUGAAGGCGAAGUCCUGUACGAGUUUCUCAAUGAAUACGUCAAAUCUGAAGGUUUGGAAACACUAUUUGGGAACUCAAAACAAAAUUUCUUGGAGCAUUUCAAGCAGAAGCUGUUCCAGGCUCUGGUGAUCGAGAAUAAAUCUGAGAAGCAAUUAGUCGGAUGUGCAUUCAUAUCUACGGGGUUUCACUAUCACACGGGAGAAUGGAGACACCUUCACUGUUGCUACAUCAGACAUCCCUUCAAAAGUCACAAAUUGGAGAGAAAAGUGAUUCAGACAGUUAAAAGAAUAUGUUUCGAAGAAAAGGCGAAUACAUUGACAACGAUAGUGAAUGGAAACAAUCUCUCAACCCUUCAAGUAUUAGAGGCAGAAAAUUGUAGAAACGCAAAACCAGCCGAACAAGUUCAUCGACAUUUUUGGUUCAUGCAAAGCCAAUAUUCAACAGGAUCAGAUUAUGAGAUAAACAAUACAGAUUACGUUAUUCGAGACGGUAUGCUUGAAGAUGAUGAAGAACGAAAUAGAGUCUGUCAACUGUUAGAAGAGUCUUUGAUAUCACAUGGAAUUCUGGGACACAGGACUCUUAUACGAAAAUACAUGGAACGAAAUGCCCUUUUAGUCGAUGAUAAAUACGGAGCAGUCGUCUUGGAACAUCUACGUUGUGUUGACGGUGAUGGAAUGACGUCGAUUCGCGACAUCGUUGGUUGUGUACUCUACUCCACGUUAUACAAUGCUUUGAAAGGAAAGACGUAUAUACUUCAUGGUCUCAGUAUAAAUCCAGCUCACAGGGGUAAAGGACUUUCUAAAGCGCUUGUCCGUGGGUUGAUUAAGACCUGUCAGAGAUAUAAGUGUGACGGUAUUUUCUUCAUCAUAUUCGAGGGGAACGAUGUUUCAAGAUCGCUCUUUAAAUCUCUUCAAGGCACCACCGAUAUGACAGAAUCUGAACACAAAUGGGAAAUAUUGUUCACCAAUCUCUGAAAUGAUUCUGAGAUACGAGACCGGGCUGAAGAAACUCCUCAAAAUAUGACGUUAGAUGGGAUUUUUCUGGUAAACCCAGGACCAAAAUCCAGUUAAAACCAUUUAGAGCAAAACCAAUUGAAACCAGUUGGCCAACUGGUUUCAAUAGG